GUGUGAAGAUGUGCGCUCAGGAAUCCCGCUACUGCACGGACAGCGUCCAGCGCUUCGGCACCGCUCUUGACAAGCAGCCGCCGCGCCAACGCAGCAUCAGGAGUCUGGACGGGGUCCUGCGCUGGGUCUUCACCAAGAUGAACGAGAAGAAGUUCGGAGAGAAGGAACCCGCGAAAGGAGAGCCGCCGGCUUGUCAGGACCGGCCCACUCCCGACAACAGGAAGGGCAUCUCAGUCAUACUGGAUAUAUUCCGAAGAGCUGAUAAAAAUGAUGAUGGCAAGUUGUCCUUGGAUGAAUUCCGGGCCUUUUUUUCUGAUGGGACCCUCAAUGAAGAAGAACUGGAAAACCUCUUCCAUACGAUCGACCUGGACAAGACCAAUCACGUGGACACCGAGGAGCUCUGUGAUUACUUUGCCUCCCACAUGGGGGAUUACGAAGAUGUCCUGGCCGGGCUGGAGAUCAACCUUUCAAUUCUGAAAGCUAUGGACUACACCAAGAAGGUGUAUGAGAGUGGGAGCAAGUUGGACCAGUUUGUGACCCGAUUCCUGUUGAAGGAAACAGCCAGUCAAAUCCAGUCGCUCUUGACCUCUGUGGAAAGUGCAGUGGAUGCCAUCGAUGACCAGACGAGAGGGUUCGACAACAGUACGGUGAGCCAGGCAAUGGUGGGAAACUGGUACAACAGGCAGUCUCCAGCCGUCCCAGCAAACAACAAGCUGACAGCGAGGGACAAGAAACUGAAGACCAACCUGGUAACAGCCAGCAGAGGAGACAGCCUGGAGCUACAGAUCAACAGACUCGCUGAAUUAAUCGGCCGCCUGGAGGACAAGACAGUCUGGCUCGACCUGCAGCAGAAGGUGAUGGACAACGAGAACGUGAUCUGCUCGCAUCUCUUCCUGGUACGCCAGCACAUGACCGUUGGGCACAAGCACCUGGCAGAGUUCGGCAGCUCUCUCAAGCAAUAUCUGAAGGAUGUGUCAGCCCAGAGAGACUGCUUCCAUGUUACAGCUGUUAGGUUACCAGACAAAUUGGCCUAUGUCGUCUAUGAGUUUUGGGAGAGCGAGGAGCGAUGGAAGAAACAUCUUCAAAGUGAAGGGUCCAAAGCGUUCCAACAUGUCAAAGUCGAUGCGCUGACUCAGUCUGAGACUGUCUCUACGUUGUUCAUACCAGCUGCGUGGUGUACUCUGGAUGGAAAGUAACUGGCAACGUCGGGGACGUGGAGGGCUCGGAGUGCCGAUGACCGAACCCACACCGGCGUUUCUGAAAUGGCAGCUCCCACAAGAGGCUGAGAGCUUGGUCUAUUUUGUAAUGCAUUACUUCCAGGAAUAUUUGUUGAUAAUUUUGCGCACGUUAUUUAUUAAAGACAAUUGGUAUACCCGAGCUGAGCAUGUCUAACAGACCCUAUACAAGUGGCAGGAGCUCAGUUAGGGGAGAUCUGGGUGACCUGCUCUAUCGGUCCAGAUCCAUUCCCAGGCAGACACUUCGGUCUGCCCUGGUCCUGUGAUUUGACGUAGCUGUCCCUGUCCGACCUCGUUGUGAACAGGUUCAGAGUUGGCUCGGUCUGCCCUGGUCCUGUGAUUUGACGUAGCUGUCCCUGUCUGACCUCGUUGUGAAAAGGUUCAGAGUUGGCUCGGUCUGCCCUGGUCCUGUGAUUUGACGUAGCUGUCCCUGUCCGACCUCGUUGUGAACAGGUUCAGAGUUGGCUUGGUCUGCCCUGGUCCUGUGAUUUGACGUAGCUGUCCCUGUCCGACCUCGUUGUGAACAGGUUCAGAGUUGGCUCGGUCUGCCCUGGUCCUGUGAUUUGACGUAGCUGUCCCUGUCCGACCUCGUUGUGAACAGGUUCAGAGUUGGCUCGGUCUGCCCUGGUCCUGUGAUUUGACGUAGCUGUCCCUGUCCGACCUCGUUGUGAACAGGUUCAGAGUUGGCUCGGUCUGCCCUGGUCGUCUUCCAUGUGGGGUGAUCUGCCACUGUUGUUGGAGGGAGCCUCGGUCGUGUUCGCGAAGAGUUUGGUUGGAAGGAUCGGUACGGUUACAGCUGAAGCCACGUCCCAGCUGGUUCAGUACUUGUGUCCAUAGUCAUGGAAUGGAGCUUGAUGGCUCAGGUUCUCUGACAGACUCCACUCUCCUUCAGCUUUCUCUCAUCACUGACUCCCUUCCCAUCUCUCAGCGGUUUCGUCCAUUUCCCAAAUCCUCUUCUCUGUCCCUCCUGUACCUCUUCUCCACAGCAUUGCCUCAAACCUCACUCUGAUCUCCAGUGCCCCUAUGCUCCUGCCAUUUUCCAUUGCCCCCUGUUCGUCCUAUAACCCCUGCUCUAUUUCUUUAGCUCUCUCUUCCUCCUCCCUUCUCUCAAAGGCUCUCGCAGAUCAUUUGGACAAUAGAAACCCAGGAGAUGUUGGGCAUUAAAGGCAAUCAGACAGACACCGAUAAAUACACACCAAUAGAAGCUGAUUCACAGUCACAGUCUCAAAAAGAUAGCCAGAGACCCAAUGACCCACAGACACCAUCAUCCACAGACACAAUCACUCACAGACACAAUCAUCCACAGACACAAUCACCAACAGACACACAUCCACAGACACAAUGACCCACAGACCCAAAGACCCACAGACACAAUGACCCACAGACACAAUCACCCACAGACACAAUGACCCACAGACACCAUCACUCACAGACACAAUCACCCACAGACACAAUCACCCACAGAAACAAUGACCCACAGACACAAUGACCCACAGACACAAUCACCCAUAGACACAAUCACUCACAGACACAAUCACCCACAGACACAAUGACCCACAGACACAAUGACCCACAGACACAAUGACACACAGACACAAUCACUCACAGACACAAUGACCCACAGACAGAAUGACUCACAGACUCAAUCACCCACAGACGCAAUGACCAACAGACACAAUCACUCACAGACACAAUCACUCACAGACUCAAUGACCCAAAGACACAAUGACCCACAGACACAAUGACUCACAGACAAAAUGACCCACAGACACAAUCACUCACAAACACAAUCACCCACAGACACAAUCACCCACAGACACAAUGACUCACAGACACAAUGGACCCACAGACACAAUCACCCACAGUCACAAAGACCCACGGACACAAUGACCCACAGACACAAUGACCCACAGACUCAAUCACCCACAGACACAAUGACCCACAGACACAAUGACCCACAGACUCAAUCACCCGCAGACACAAUGACCCACAGACACAAUGACUCACA